AAUGCAAAGUAAAAAAUCUAGGGUUGGCGCGCGGUCUGUCCUUUUGCACUGACCCGAUUACUAUUUUGGAUUCCGGCGAGACCACCUCCCCUCUCUCCCCUCAAGCCUCCAAUAUCUAGGGUUUUUGUAGUUCCUCUCUCCGGCUAAAGCAUCAUGAGAGGAUUCUUAAACAAGCUCGUUUCUCGCUCUCUCUCCGUCGCCGGCAAAUGGCAACACCAACAACUCCGCCGCCUCAACAUCCACGAAUAUCAGGGAGCUGGAUUGAUGGGGAAAUACGGGAUCAAUGUGCCAAAAGGUGUAGCUGUUGCUUCCCUUCAUCAUGUUCAAAAGGCUCUUCAAUAUGUAUUUCCUAGCGAAAGCGAGUUGGUGGUUAAGAGCCAGGUUUUGGCUGGUGGGCGAGGAUUAGGAAAAUUUAAGAAUGGUUUUCAGGGUGGUGUUCACAUUGUUAAGACUGACAAGGUUGAAGAAACUGCUGGAAAGAUGCUUGGCCAGAUCCUUGUUACUAAACAAACUGGUUCUCAAGGCAAAAUUGUUAGCAAGGUUUACUUGUGUGAAAAGUUAUCACUGGUCAAUGAGAUGUACUUUGCUAUCAUGCUGGAUCGGACAACUGCUGGUCCACUUAUCAUAGCUUGUAAAAAGGGGGGAACCAGCAUUGAAGACCUUGCUGAGAAAUUUCCUGACUUGAUUAUUAAGGUACCCAUUGAUGUAUUUAAAGGAAUUACUGAUGAAGAUGCUGUAAAAGUUGUUGAUGGCCUGGCUCCAAAGGUUGCUGAUAGAAAUGAUUCGAUUGAGCAAGUGAAGAAAUUAUAUAAACUCUUUUGCGAGAGUGAUUGCACAUUGUUGGAAAUCAAUCCCAUUGCAGAGACUUCUGAUAAGCAAUUGGUAGCUGCUGAUGCUAAAUUGAAUUUUGAUGAUAAUGCUGCUUUUCGUCAAAAGGAGAUAUUUGCUCUCAGAGAUCCAACACAGGAAGAUCCAAGAGAGGUGGCUGCUGCCAAGGCAGAUCUAAAUUAUAUUGGCUUGGAUGGGGAAAUUGGUUGCAUGGUGAAUGGUGCAGGAUUAGCAAUGGCUACAAUGGAUAUUAUUAAACUGCACGGAGGAACUCCUGCAAAUUUUCUUGAUGUGGGUGGUAAUGCUUCUGAAGAACAGGUGGUUGAAGCAUUUAAGAUACUGACUUCUGAUGACAAAGUAAAGGCAAUUUUGGUGAAUAUAUUUGGAGGAAUAAUGAAAUGCGAUGUGAUAGCAAGUGGAAUUGUCAACGCUGCCAAACAGGUUUCUCUAAAAGUUCCAGUUGUUGUACGUCUCGAAGGCACUAAUGUUGACCAAGGAAAGAGAAUUCUGAAGGAGAGUGGAAUGGCACUAAUCACAGCAGAAGAUUUGGAUGAUGCUGCAGAGAAAGCAGUGAAAGCAUCAGCUAGUUGAGGAAUCAAGAUAUGGAACCAAUUUAUGUUCCUUACAAUUUUUAGAACUUAGGUGAAUCUAACAUGUUGAAAAUUGAAAAUAAUAUAGCAACUGCAAAGGUUCCCUCAAAAUUUUUUUUUGACUCACCCCUAUUAUUGAACUCUUGUUAAGAAAUUGUGGUCUUUUCUUUGAUUGUUUUAAGCCAUGAAAUGAAAUGGACUGGCUCCAAGCCUUCUUUUUGUA